AUGUCGCAAUCUAAAACAUCCGACUCAGAUUCUACACAACCUCGCAUCCUCCACGAAAACCUACCCUUUACACCCCGCCCACCAAUCACUACCGAGGAGAGAGUUGCUGUACUUAGCCGCUUUCUUGUCCCCGGCGAUUCCCUUUAUAUGCCAGAGCAGGAGAAGAACAUCACAGCCCUAAUUAGCCUUUACAAAGAAGGAAAGAUCACAGUGAAUGACGAGGUCUUUAUGGUCGACGGACGUAUCGCGAGCAGAGAAGAAUACAUCGCAGUGAAAAAGCCAUCCUUCUGGGAGGUCAGCUUGAUUUAA